UGUUGACAAUCCGCCCAUCAUCUCCGCCGUGAGAGCUGUCUCCAACGCCCCUCCUCUCACGUGAUUCCGCUUCCAGCACCCACGUGCUUCUCUCUCUCUCUCUCUCUCUACCCAUUUUGUCAAAUCCUCUGCUCACCCUUCACACUUCCAGAUCGACCCCCUCUCUCUCUCUCUCUACACACACACACAAACAAAGGUAUGAAUCAAAGCUCAAUGCGGAUCGCCAUUGCCAUCUUCUAUUACAGAGGUAUGUAUACCUACGAGUGUAUUGGGUUAAAAUCUGAUUGAGCCUUUCAAAAUUCCCACUGAUUGAUGAAUUAAAAGGGUUGGUUUGUUAUACGCAAUUCAUUAUGUAUGUAUAUAUGUAUGUUCAUUGAUUUAAAAUGGAAGCUUCUAGUGGAAUUAGUCCUAGAAAUCCCAACAAGCAUGAUGUUGAUGAUGACCCAUAUCAAAAUGUUCACACUGAAUCACUCGACCAUAGCAUUCGAUCUGAUCAUCAGUUUCAUUCCACCAGUGCAUUGGAAAUUCUAAGAGAAACUGUUCGAAUUCUUCGAUACAAUUUGAUUGGAUUCAUGGGUAUUGCAGCUUUCCUUGUAUGUCCUGUAUCAACUGUUCUUUUAUCCAAUGUGUUAGUUGAUCAAUCCAUUGUCAAGAGACUCACUAUAAGGCUUUUGUUAGUGGCCAAGUCCAGUGGACUUCCUCUUAGGCCUUUUAUCAAACAAUCUUGCCAAAAGUUUUCAGAGAUGGUCAUUUCAUCAACAAUGUGCUUCCCUUUGUAUAUCACAUUGUCUCUCUUGUCGAAAGCCGCGAUCGUUUACUCGGUGGAUUGUACUUAUUCAAGAAAGAAAUUUGAUGUGUCCAAGUUCUAUGUAAUUGUUACUAAGAUUUGGAGGCGUCUCGUUUCGACAUAUUUGUGGGUGUGUAUGGUGAUUACUGGUUGCCUUACACUGUUUCUUGUUCUUCUGGUUGCUGUGAGCAGCUUAUUUUCGAUAAUUGGGUUUGGUUCUGAUUUAAUUGUUUAUCUCGCGAUGAUAGCAGGGCUUGUGUUCUCAGUCAUUUUCGCAAAUGCUAUCAUAAUUUGUAACAUUGCUAUUGUAAUCUCUGUAUUGGAGGAUGUUUCAGGCCCUCUGGCAUUGUUGAGGUCUAGUGUACUGAUUAGGGGUCAGACUCAGGUGGGUCUUUUGAUAUUUCUUGGAUCAACAAUUGGUAUGGCGUUUGUGGAGGGUUUGUUUGAGCAUAGAGUGAAGACGCUGAGCUAUGGAGAUGGGUCUUCGAGGGUAUGGGAAGGACCCCUUUUGGUGCUUAUGUAUUCGUUUGUGGUGCUUAUCGAUUCCAUGAUGAGUGCAGUUUUCUACUUUAGUUGUAGAUUUAAUAGCAUGGAAGCUUUAAAUGGAGAAUGUCAAUCAGUUUUAGAAGCCAUGACCCUUUCCCCUGGAUCUAUAGGUUUUGAAUGACACUUGUUAUAUGAUACGAAAAGAUUUUUUCCAAGUAAAUGACAAAAAUAUGGGUGCCACAAUGGGAAUUUCAAGACUUUCUUGCCAAUCUUGCAUUCUUGGGCCGCCGAUGAGGAAGGAUGUCUUGGUGAACUAUCCCAUUCAAGCAGGCAGACAACCUUAUGCGUCUCAUUAAAGUUUUAGUGAUAAACAAAUGUAGGAGCUGCAAAGGGUGACAUUUGAAGGCAUGGUAACUCCAACAUUGUUGGACUAGUUAUAUUUCUUGUUUUCAUUGAUAGUUAAUACAAUUUCUUGAAGUUAUUCGACCCUUGUUUCACCUGUUACACCUUAUGAUAUAGCAUUCAAUAAUAUUUUUCACACAUUUGGCUUCCACUGCUUCAGAAACUACUGUCUCGGGAAUAAUUCAGAGUAGAAAAACUUUGAAUAUGAGUUUGAUAUUUUGUAUCAAAAAAGGGAAUCAUAUAUUGUUACUUUA